AAUUUUAUCUGACUGCGGGCAGGAGUUAAAACAUCUCCAGAAGAUGGCAGUAGAGUCACUCUACUGUGAAUACAAACCGCCGUUAAAACCAAAGAAGAGACACAAACAUCAACCGCUGUCAUUACAGUCAGUUUUAUUCUGUGUUUGUUCUUGUUUUUUCUCUUAAGUGUGUCUUGUCUCUGUGUAUUUUAGUGUUGAUGAUGAGAUGGAUGUGAUGUGCUGUAAAUCAGGAACUGAUCAGGACUUACAGGAUGAUGAAUCUACUGAUCAAACCUCCACAGAGUCUCUGGAUUCUGUCUGUAACGCUGGAGAACAGCAGCAGAUCCUGCAGACCAAACUCAACAUGUGUUCAGUCAAACAGGAGGACAGUGGGAACCAAAUGGAGAUAAAAACUGAACCUGUGGAAGAGGAAGAUCACACUGAGGAAGAAAACAGUCAUUAUGGUGAUUUUGUUCCUUCAGAUGUGAAGAGUGAAUCAUGUUCGGAUGAAGAAAUAACAUCAUCAACAUCAAAAGAAGGUAUAACAGCAGAAAUUCAAGAGAAGAAACUUAAUUCAGAAGAGCACAGAGUGAAGAAGAAGAAGCAGCAGUUUCAUUGUGAGCAGUGUGGAAAGGGUUUUGUUUUUUUAUCUCCUCUAAAAGUUCACAUGAAGACACACGGUGGUGAAAAGCCUUUCUACUGCACUGAAUGUGGCAAAUAUUUCGGCACCAAAGGAAAUCUUCGGCUUCAUCAGAGAGUUCACACAGGAGAAAAACCAUACGAGUGUCCUCACUGUGAUAAGAGAUUUAGAGAUGCAUACAAUCUUAAGGAACAUAUGCGAUUACACACCAAUGAGAGACCAUAUCACUGCAGUGAAUGUGGAAAAACAUUUAGGUUUUCAAGCUCUUUAAAGUCACAUCUAAAAACACACAGUGAGGAGAAACUCUAUCAAUGUUCACACUGUGAUAAACGUUUCCACCAGAAAGGUAAUAUGAUAGUCCACGAGAGAAGUCACACGGGGGAAAAACCUUACAUCUGCUCUCAUUGUGGAAAGAGCUUCUCUGAUCAAUCUCAAGUCAGAGUUCAUCAGAGACUUCACACUGGAGAGAAACCUUAUGACUGUAAUAUUUGUGGAAAGAGUUUUAAUCGUCACAGCAUUUUAGUGUCACACCUGAGAACUCACACAGGUGAAAAACCUUACAAAUGCUCUCAGUGUGAGAAGACGUUUACUCAGUCAAGUAACUUAAAAGCCCAUGAGAGACUUCAUACUGAAGACAAACCUUACGUCUGCACUCAGUGUGGUAAGAGCUUUUCUAGUCCAUCUCAAUUAAGUGUUCAUCAAAGACUUCACACCGGAGAGAAACCUCAUCACUGUACUCUUUGUGGGAGGAGUUUCAGUCGACACUCAAACUUAAUCAAGCAUCAAGAAACUCAUACAGGUGAAAAACCUUUCAAAUGCUUUCAGUGUGAGGAAACAUUCACUGAGUCAGGUCACUUAAAAGCCCAUCUGAGAGUUCAUACUUGAAAGAAACCUUAACACUGCUCGAUCUGUGGAGAAAGAUUCACUAAAGUAGGAUAUUUUAAGACUCAUCAGAAAAACACACAGAAGAACAAACUACACUUGAAUCAUCAUUGCUUUCUGUUUAUUCAAAAUGAGUUCAGUGAACUUUCAUUUCUUUGUUUGAGAAUAAAUGAAAUGUUCUUA